CUUCUAAUGACGAUAAAUUUUUUUACGCUAGAACAUUAUGGCAAAUCAAUCCCUUAUUAAAUUUGACGGCUCCUGAUGAAAAAGUUGUGUGUGAGUUAACAGUUACUGAUUGUAAAUCUUUUUGGACAACAACGUUGACGAUUUCUGAUUUAAAACAGAUUAAACCGAGUGGCAUUCCUGAUGUUUCGAAAUUCUGCGGAGCAACACAGGCGGCAUUGUCAGGACAAGAAGAGUAUGAUUCCUACAAAUUGUCGUGUCGGAUUUCGGUUUCAGAAAAGCAUGCCAGGACUAAAAGUGUGGCAAUUGAGACGCGUUUAUCUGAUCUAGAAACUAUUCGUGGUAGAAUGCAAGAAAGGAUUGAAAUUAUGGUUGCAGAAAAAGUUAAUCACGAAGCAAUCUUAAUGGAAAAGUUCAAACAAAUUCUAAAUGCAAAAAAAAAGAAAAUAAAAAAGUUGACGAAAGCACUUAACACUAAUGGAAAAAUCAUUCCUAGUCAACAAGUAGAUUCAGUGGUGCUUUCAGAUGGUGAAUUUACAGACGAACCGGAUCCCAAUUCCAACCUAAUUGACGAAGAAGCUGAAGUUGAUCGUUUCAAAAAACCAAGGUUAGAUAAUAACGUCGAACAAAUGGAAGAUGAUGAAUCAGUUAAUAAUAAACAGCCAGACGAAUCUCUUUUGACUAAGACUUUUCGCGGUACAGUUAUUAAAUCCAGAAGAAUGGGCAAAAAGCCUGCCAAUGUAUCUAAAGAUACCACUUCAAUUGAUCAGUUUUUGGAUCCGAGAAAGAAUCCAAACAUCACUUCUCAAGAUCCUUUGCAAGAAGCCGGUAGCGAUUCAGAUGCAGCUAAUGAUUUGUUGUCUAGAAUGUAG